AUGGAGGCAACACCGCAACUGCAGCAGCCUGCCUUGCGCAAUGUCCGACUUGCGGGAACAGAGAUGGCCGGAUUCGUCACGCCGAGAGUGAAAGCAGCUGUCAGAUGCCUCACCCCGGAAAUCAGGAAAAGAGCUAGGACCAAGUGCAGUUUCGAGCUUCGCGAUCAUAUGGCGCCCGCCCACCAAGCAAAAUAG